UCUGUCACAGUCGAGAGCUUCAGAAGAACUGAAUCUACUAACAGAAGAGAAGAUGACUGAAGAAAAAAGAAUGAAGAUCAUCUGGACUUUCACUCUGCUGAUGAUUCCUGAUGUGCUGAGCUCCAUCAGUGUGAGAGGAUAUUCAGGAGGAGGAGUCAACAUCACAUGCAGAUAUGAUAGAAAAUAUACAGACAAGAACAAGUAUUUUUGUAAAGGACAGUGGAAAAUAACAUGCUCUGACCUCAUCAGGACUGAUAAGAAAAACAAAUGGGUUGAUUCUGGAAGAUUCUCUCUGUUUGACGACACAAGAGCAGCAGUUUUCACUGUGACCUUCAGAGAUCUGAGUGAACAGGAUUCUGGGACGUACUGGUGUGCAGCUGAUAUCUCUUGGGGUAAAGAUUCCUACACUGAAGUGAAUCUGAUCGUUGAAUCAGGUGAGUAA